CGCUGGUUACACGGGGGACCGGAAGGGGCGGCGCUCGCUGCGGCAGAUGCGGAAGUGCUCUUGUUAGUCGGGGCCUGAGAGCGAUGUGAGCACUUCCGGCGGCUGGAGGUGUCCGCUCCCCGGGCUGUGAUUUGUGGAGGGUCCGCGGCCGGACAGAAAUUGCCAUUGCGGAGGUGGGUUUGGUUGGAAAAUGUGAAUUCACGCGGCCCUGGAGGACGUACGCAGCGGAUUCAUGUCAGCACAGUAGACUCAUCAAGCAUUUGUGAUGAAAUGGAGCCUGGAAUUAACCUUUUCCGUGUAGAAUUUCCAGAUUUUUCAAAUACCAUCCUUCAGAAGCUGAACCAGCAGCGCCAAUUGGGACAGUUAUGUGACAUUUCCAUUGUGGUACAAGGUCACCUCUUCCGAGCCCACAAAGCCGUCUUGGCAGCCAGCUCCCCGUACUUUUGCGACCAGGUUUUGCUUAAAAACAGCAGAAGAGUGGUCCUUCCCGACGUCAUGAAUCCGAGGGUCUUUGAGAACAUCCUGUUAUCCUCCUACACCGGAAGGCUGGCGUUACCCCCUCAUGAGAUUGUGAGUUAUCUGACGGCAGCAAGUUUCCUCCAGAUGUGGCAUGUCGUAGACAAGUGCACCGAGCUUCUGGAAGGUAACCCAACGCUUCUAUGUCAGAAGUCCAGUCUGAGCAAUGACCACCAGUCUCCCAGUAGCAGCAAUUACAAUGGCCUCGGCGAAAGCUUUGAGCUCGGAACAUGUGCCCAGUCAGAGUUCAGGAAGGGCGAGGAGAUACGAGGCGGCGAGAAUGAAGAAGACAGUCCGAAAGAUGACGAGCUGUCUUCUCAACUCACCGAACACGAGUACCUGCCCAGCAACUCCUCCACUGAGCACGACCAGCUGAGUACAGAGAUGACCAGCCAAGAUGGCGAAGAAGGUGCCAGCGACAGCGCCGAUUACCACUACUCCCGUCCUCUGUACAUCAAGCCGAGCAUCAUGUCUCACAAGCGUUGGGUCCACGUAAAGCCUGAAAGGUUUGACCAGGAAUGUGAAGGUGUGGAGAUGAACCCACCAUUCGAGGACCAUGUCUCAGAGUCCAUCAACUUAGCCCAGACUGAUCCUCCAAUCCAGUCUUCAGGCGUUGUAGACAGUUUCGACUUCUGCAAUAAAAAGUCAGUGGAGCCGGAAGGACACGGCAGCAGCAGUAACAACAACAACCGUUACGACGACCAUGUGGAUUUUUACGGGGCUUCUAUGGAAGAGUUUACGGGAGAACGCGAGGAACAUCUCGAGGGACAUGGUACAGAAAACACCUCAGAAGGCUUCGGGGAAGGCUUGGACAUUUCGACAGGUAUUAAAGAAGAAACGUCAUCCUCUGGCUUCACCGCAGUCGUCUACAAACUGUAUCCGUGCCAGUGCGGCAAAAGCUUUACGCACAAGAGCCAGCGAGAUAGACAUAUGAGCAUGCACCUUGGCCUCCGACCUUACGGGUGUGGGGUCUGCGGCAAGAAGUUCAAAAUGAAGCAUCACUUGGUAGGCCACAUGAAGAUACAUACGGGGAUUAAACCCUACGAGUGCAAUAUAUGUGGCAAGCGUUUUAUGUGGCGAGACAGUUUUCACCGGCACGUAACCUCUUGUACCAAGUCCUACCAUGCUUCAAAGGGAGAACCGGCCCAGGCCGAGAGCUAAACCUGCCCGUGUCUUUGUCUACUUGGGUACACCCGGAAAAGCCUCUGACCAUCACCAUCUGGCUGAAAAAACACUAGGAAAAUAUGUUCGAGCAAUAAACAAAUUGCAGUCUGCAAUAGUAAUUUCAGCUUGGUGCCUGCUAUUGGAAAAAGAGCUUAAUAUUCGACUUCACUGGAAUGUUACCAGGGUUUGGUGCUGUCCCGGUCAAGUAUAUCCCCCCCUCACCCCGUUCACUGGUUGUAGCUGUUCGAUAGUCCACGGAUUGAGUAACGUGCAGUGGUCUCCUUUAGUGGUCCUUAUUGACGAGUGAUCUGCAAUCUGACAAUUGUACGUUGGUUCAUACGUAAACAGAUGACUUUUUAUCGUCUCCUAUUUUUCUGGGCAUAAGCUGAAAUAGAUAGCUCUUACUUGAAUAUUAUACAUAUAUAUAAAUAUAUAUAUAUGUGUGUGUGUGUAUAUAUAUAUAUAUAUAUAUAUAUAUAUAUUUGUACGUACGAUGGUCGUUCAAAGGUGUUGUAAAUCUUAAGAAUAGUUGUUUGCAAUUGGAGUAGGUGUUGGAGAUAAGUAGGUAGGUGACCUCUUAUACCUAGUGCUGAGCAUCAGUCACUAUGGAGGGUGGUUUUGCCAUUUAGAUAUAAUCUACAUCAGUGGUCUCCAUACGGUGGACCUCCAGCUGUUGCAAAACUACAACUCCCAGCAUGCCCGGACAGCCAGCGGCUGUCCGGGCAUGCUGGGAGUUGUAGUUUCGCAACAGCUGGAGGUCCACUGUUUGAUGAGUAUUCUUCACAGUUUCCCUUAAAGGGUAUGUUCACUUUAUCAGACGUUUGUUUCAUUACACCAGUGUUUUCCAACCGAGGUGCCUCCAGCUGUUGCAAAACUUCAACUCUCAGCAUGCUCGGACAGUGGUCUCCAUAUGGUAGACCCCCAGCUGUUGCAAAACUACAACUCCCAGCAUGCUCAGACAGUGGUCUCCAUAUGGUGGACGUCCAGCUGUUGCAAAUCUACAACUCCCAGUAUGCCCGGACAGUGGUCUCCAUAUGGUGGACCUCCAGCUGUUGCAAAACUACAACUCCCAGCAUGCCCGUACAGUGGUCUCCAUAUGGUGGACCUCCAGCUGUUGCAAAACUACAACUCCCAGCAUGCCCGUACAGUGGUCUCCAUAUGGUGGACCUCCAGCUGUUGCAAAACUACAACUCCCAGCAUGCCCAUACAGUGGUCUCCAUAUGGUGGACCUCCACCUGUUGCCUAACUACAACUCCCAGCAUGCCGAACAGUGAUCUCCAUAUGGUGGACCUCCAGCUGGAGGUCCACAGUUUGAUGAAUAUUCUUCAAAGCCUCAUCUUCGGUAUUAUUUUCCUGCUUGAGCCCAUUUUCGGCUCGGCACUGAUCUGUUUACAUAACAACAAAAAAGUCUCUUUGGCUAAAAUGGCGGGACACAUAACAAGGGUAGUAAGGUUACUAAGUAAGAAAUGUUAUUUAUGGUGCGUCUGGUGGAGUAGUAAUUGUAGUUAACGUAAGUUGUAAGUUUCCCUUAAAGGGUAUGUUCACUUUAUCAGACAUCUGUUUUUCUAGUGUUUUCCAACCGAGGUGGCUCCAGCUGUUGCAAACCUACUCCCAGCAUGCCCGGACAGUCGAAGGGCAUGUAGUUUUAAAACAGCUGGAGGCACCCUGGUAACACUUUAUCAGACAUUUGCUUCAUUACACCAGUGUUUUCCUACCAAGGUGCCUCCAGCUGUUUUAAAACUACAACUCCCAGCAUGCCCGAACAGCCUUUGGUUGUCUGGGCAUGCUGGGAUUAGUAGUUUUGCAACAGCUGGAGGCACCCUGGUAGCACUUUAUCAGCGAUUUAUUUAAUUACACCAGUGUUCCCUUACCAGGGUGCCUCCAGCUGUUUCAAAACUACAACUCCCAGCAUUCCUGAACUGCCUUCGGUUGUCUGAGCAUGCUGGGAAUAGUAGUUUUGCAACAGCUGGAGGCACCCUGGUAGCACAUCAGUCAUGUGUUUCAUUACACCAGUGUUUCCCUACCUGGGUGCCUCCAACUGUUUCAAAACUACAUGCUGGGAGUUUUAGUUUUGCAACAGCUGGAGGCACCCCGGUUUGGAAAAACUGCAUUACAUCAAUGCAUUGAACAUAUAAUAGAGACAAUUGUAUUAUAAUUCUUUAGCCGCUUUGUGUAUACAGCUCCUAUGCAGAUCUUUGUGUCUCCAUAGUUACAGAAUACAAACAAUCCCAGCAUAGUACGUGUUAGUCCCCUUCACCCGACCUCUCUACCUGUGCAGGAUCAGACUACACAGGGUGUGUUGGGUCUGCAUCUACGGAGACACACAAAUUCGCAUUGGAGCUGUAUAUACAAAACGGAAGAUUGUUAUUACUAGUUAUUACUAGUUAUUAUUACUAUAGUUUUGAUGAACAAAGUUGGUUGCAAAAGUGGACGUACCCUUUAAAAAUGCAACUAUUCUGAUGUAGUGAAUUAUACACAUAGUCUAAAAAUGUCCCCUACAACUCCCAGCAUGCCCGGUCAGCCUUUGGUUUGCGGGAAGUUGUAGUUCUGCAACAGCUGGAGGCACCCUGGUUGGGAAACACUGUAUCAGAGGCUCAUGGUACUAUGCUGUCUCCUCCAUGCUUUAUACUGCAUCACAGGACCACCAGGAAGUGUGUAGACGAGGAGCUAAUAUUCAGUACAAUAAGAAUAGAUCAUUUACUAUAGACAUGGACUGACCCUAUGGACUCCUCCUAUAUGACACAUGUAGAUUAUAAUGCCAGGAGCUAUACCGCCAUAUUGUCUCCUAGUAUUAGGGAUCUAGAUCCAGAACGUAUUGCGUAAUGGGAAUGUCUUUGGUCAAAAAGUCUUAUGUUACAUAGACACCCGCAAGCAGCAUACAGUCAGACAGACAGGGAUCCUAUGAAAGCACUUUGUAUUUAUGGUUUUGCUUGUAUAGUUAUUACUUUACUCUUUGUAUAUUAUGGGGUUAUUCAGGAUUAGAAAAAAGAAGCUGAUUUCUUUAAAAAUAAAACAGCACCGCCCCUGUCUUCAGGUUGUAUGCGGUAUUGCAGCUCAGUCCUACUGAAUUUAAAGGAGUUCUGUAGUGAAAUAUAACGUAUCUUAAUAUAAUUAAUCCUUUGGAUAGGGGAGAAGUUAUUGAUCGCGGGGGUCCGACCAUUGUGAACCCCAUGCGAUCCCUUGCAGCCAUCUGGAAGGGGACGUGCCGACCCCCGCACAGAGCAGCAGCUGACACGCCCCCUCCAUAUAUCCCAUAGCAAUACAUGGAGGGAGCGUGUCGGCCGCAGCUUCCUGGGGGGGGGGGGGGGCAGAACGUCUACUUCCGGCAGAUCACCCGGUCCUUAGGAAAGGGAAUAAGUUAUAUUUCACUGCACUACUCCUUUAAUGGAGCCAAGUUGUAAUACCAUACACAGCCUAAGGACAGGGGUGGUGCUGUUUUUUUUAAGAAAUCCGCUCUUACAUUCUAAGAUAACCCCUUUAAGAAGUAUAUUGUUUACAUACUUGUUACAAUUUGCUAAAUCCUAGCACUUGGAUGACGGGCCAGGGUCCUCGUUGUUGCCUCUGAACCCCUACAUGGCAGCUUGGAGCUGAUCACAAAUAUAGUAAGGGCAGAACUGUGUAAAAUAGAAAAAAAUAGGGCUGUGCAAAUCGUUCAACAUCCACCUCUGCCCAAGCCUGUGACCGGAUGCAAGAAAGUCUCAGCAGUGCCUCCAACUAUUACUAUUUUUUUCCAUUAACAGCCUGUUCUCCAUUAACAGCCUGUAAAGCUGAUAGGUGAUACUGUCACGUGAGCUGUGGCUGCAAUGUUGACCUGCAGCUGUAAUCACCAGUAGGGUCCGGGGAGCAGGGGGUGGACGGUCGUGACUUUCUUUUCUAUUCCCAUGUGAUUCUGACUCUUACUAUAUUUUCCAUAGGGUCCCAAGCUAUCCAUGUAAUGGUUGUUGCGACUAGAUAUCUCUGGUGAUGCUUAUCCUAGGACACUAUUGUGUAUUGCCCAAUGGAGACCCAGCAGGGGCAGAGCAUGUCUUCUGUCAUUAUAUGCUCCGCCCCCUCGGAUCCUGCAGUAGGCAUUAUACAGCACGUCUGUUUUACCUGGAGCGUCCCUUUUAAUUUAGAGCCCUCCUUUCACCACAUUUGAUGAUAGGUAUUGAUCCUCAGUAUUUUACUCCCUAGUCGGGUUCCACAGAAAAAGUUCUAUUUUUGAGCCAGUGACAUUACGACUGCUGUGUUAAAAAGGUCACGGCACCACCGCGCUGGUCUUAUCUGACACCGUGACCCGCCGUAUCAGUGAGAUUGGGUAUUCCUGUCAUUAAAUGAUAUUGCUGUCCCGAGCGUACAGUCGCUUGGUGUGUAAUUCAGUGUCUUGUUAUUUUUCUUCUUAUAGAAGAGACUCGAGCUGUUUGUUUGGCGUGUUAAUAAAUGUUAACUGUCAACCCUG